UACAGUUGUAUAAGCUAGAAAGGUACAAAUCUUCAUUCUUCAAUCCAAAACUAAAAAAUUGGUGAAUUAUUCCCACCCUCAAAAAAUGAUCCAUCAUCUCUUCUUUAAAAAACAUCCAAAAUCCAAAUAUGGGUUCUUCUGUGUCUGUGCCUGAAUCAUCAUCUGUCCAUGAUUUCAUUGUCAAGGAUAGCAAAGGAAAGGAUGUGGAUCUUAGCAUAUAUAAAGGGAAAGUCCUGCUAAUUGUUAAUGUUGCUUCGAAAUGUGGAUUAACGAAUUCAAAUUAUACACAACUUACAGAGCUUUACAGGAAAUAUAAGGAUAAAGGUUUUGAGAUCUUGGCUUUUCCGUGCAAUCAAUUCUUGCAACAAGAACCAGGAACAGUAGAAGAGACGGUCCAGUUUGUCUGUGAGAGGUUCAAUGCUGAAUACCCCAUCUUUGGAAAGGUAAAAGUUAAUGGCAAUAAUGCAGCACCAUUAUACAAAUACUUGAAAGCUAAUGGGGGUGGAUUCAUGGGGACUUCAAUCAAAUGGAACUUCACCAAGUUCCUUAUUAGCAAGCAAGGAUAUGUAUUACGCCGACUAGGGCCGACCACUGAACCAUCAACCAUUGAGAUUGACAUUCAAAAAGCAUUAGAAGAGCCCUAUGAUGAGAUUCAAACUGAAAAACAUAAUGACCUUAGAAAGGAAGAGAUAGAAGGUUGAGAGUUUUAGGCCAUUGUCAUCUCAGAAACAAAGCUGCUGGUUUUUGGUAUCAAGAUGAAUAGUUUAAUGAGACUUCAUUAUGUCUAAUGAAGACAAAUAUGCUCAUUUAAUAUCUCCAAUCCUUUGUUUUAAACCCCAAAUAGAGGGUAAAGCAAUUUGACUAGUUUGAAAUUUAUCUUAUCUAAUGGAUGAUUUGAAAAUUAUGAAACCAGCUCCUUCCAUUUGGUUA